AUGUGUGAGGUCACAAGUUGGAUUCCGCACGCCGUGGUGGAAACACUUCGCGACCGUUCCGCGCAGCCUGUAAUCGCGUGGCUCACCUCGAUACGAGCCUCCAUCGAAGAGUACGACCCGCUCGUCGUUGUCCGACCACCGUCAGCUGCGUCACAGGACUCUGGCUCAGACGGGGCCUUCGAUGAAAUACUUUCACAACUAGGCAAAGAAAUUUAUAAGCUAGAUGAAUACCAAAGAAAUCUCGUUCCCUCUGAAAAAGAAGUCUCUCUAAGCAUUCUUAAUAUGUUCGAUGAGUGUUUAGAAGGAAUAAACCAAGUUAACCAAGUAGAAAUCGAAACCAAAGUGAUAAAACCAAGAGUGACAAAUAACAUUGUAAACAGUGAUAGUGAAUCUACAUUAUCGGAUGUUUCGUUCGCAACGAACACACCGGCACAGAGUGAGAAAAUAGUAAGGAAACCUGCACCACCUGUACCUCCAAGAAAAAAGAGGAUGAGGACUCCAUCGCCGUCGAUUUACGAUAAUAUGGAAUUUGAAGAACAUUCUGAAAAAAAUAUAGUAUCUGACAGCGACUCUGAGAGUACGUGCUGGAGUUACAAAGAAUGUAAUGAAAAUACUGAAAAUGACGUAUCAAAAGAUGCAUACGCAGUUGUUUGGUCGCAUUCGAGCGGCUAUCACAACUCGGAUGAGAUUUUGCGGCGUGUUUUGUCGCAGGCGCAACAAAGGGCUACUAUAUCGCGAUUGUCUUUCGAUACGGCAAGCGACUUUUCGCCGCAGCCGUUCUCUGUUUACGCUUUGACUGAGGUGGGAGACAGGUGCGAGUCAGUCGACGCAAUGACGCCGGACAAGCCGUGCGACGAUGGUUACGAGCCAGUGCGCGAUGCGAUAACAGACGAAAAUAUUUAUGAGGAGAUCGAAUAUGGGUACAGUUACACAGACGAAGGGUGCUCCUGUGGUGGCAGUGUAGAAGUGGAGAGUUGUUCCAUAAGUGCUAGUUCCGAGGGGGUCGGUAGGGAGAGUCCCUUGUAUGCAAAUUUAAGGGAUCACGAUGCGUACGCGAUCCCCCCAGACGUAAUAUACUGGAAGAAUUCGCUGCUGGAUCCCUUUUACAAUGAUGAUGAGGAAGAUGAGUGGAUCACGCCAGAAGAAUGUGAAGUAUAUUCAAGGGAUAGGCGACCGCCGCUCGUCAUCCCUCGCAUCACACAGUACCGCGCGCCGCGUAGAGAUGCACGCCCCCAAAUUAACUACCCUGAGGAUUCCAUGCAAGAUGUGCCGGCUAAGUCAUGGAACUGGUCGCCCACGUCGGAGCGGAGUCGUCUCGACCUCGAGAGGAGCUUCAGCAAAGCAAACUGUGACAGCCCACCGCUAUGGGUCAAUAAGCGACUGGGCGGUUCAACAGAGAACCUCUUAGCCGCAUCGCGUAGACCAAAUCACCUCCAACUCCCAGCAUCCUCAUCUGGAGACAGUCUAGAUGUGGAGGUCAGGGAGCGAGACCCUCACGCGAAGAAGGAGAGGAAGUCCAGGUCGAUGGUUGCUCCCAAGCAGAAGCCGCGACCACCGCUGACUUCACCUAGACUGAUGAUGCACCCGCCUACUGAGGCAACAGUAAUAUACGAAGGUACUGUAAAAAGAACCAAGUUCUCCGAAGGCGGUAAGAAGAGUAAGAAGAACUGGACGGAUUGCUACAUGAUCGUCACUCCCACAGCGCUCGUGUUCUAUAAAGAUCAAAGGACUUAUUUAGCUACGAAAAUGCCAAAACCCCUAAACACUCCCCCGAGCCCCACCGCGCCGCGUGCUGAGCUGGUGCUGCCGCUACUCAACGCGCACAUUGUACAGUGCAUCCAAAUGCACACCAGAAGACACACUCGUUCCCUCGUGCUGAUGGUGGAACACGACCAGUAUCUACUGCAAGAGGAGACUGAGGACAGCGCUAAGCGACUGCUGAAAUGUAUUCAAACAGUCAUAUACAAACUUGGUCCACCGUCGCUGGACGACAAGCCCAGCCCCUACCAGAGCAGCAACACCGACCUCGAGAGUCUCGGCCGCACGCCGCCCGUCGCGCGGCACGCGAGGAACAAACAGAAAGCUGGUGGGAGUAGCAACGAGGAUCUGAGUGAUUCCGUCGAGGUUUCAAUACAGAAGUCCCAAGUCAGAAGUAAGCUAAGAAAAUUCUUCGCGAAGAGACCAGCUAUGGAAGUACUUGUGAAGAAAGGAAUAUAUAAAGAUGAACCCGUUUUCGGUCGAAAUCUCGAAGAGGUGUGCCCAUCGACUAGUCCUCGCGUGCCCGACUUUGUCCGCGCAUGCGUUAAAGAAAUAGAAAGUAGUGAAGAGAACAUGUGUACUGACGGUCUUUAUCGUGCCAGUGGGAAUUUAAGUCAAGUACAGAAAAUUCGAUUAGAGAUCGAUCAAAAUAAUUUGUCAGUAAUCGAGAACAACACAGAUAUACACGUGCUAACGGGCUCACUCAAGCUAUUCUUUAGGGAGCUAAAAGAGCCUCUUAUCCCUUGCUCCUUGUUUGACAGAGUGUUAGCAGCUUGCUCAAUAAAACCAAGAGAAGCCAAGAUCAAGGAGUUCCGAGACAUCAUCCAUUCUCUGCCGCAAUGCAACAAGGAUACUCUCAAAUUUUUACUGGAACACCUCUUAAAAGUAACACAAUACAGCGAGCGCAACCGCAUGCACACAGCUAACCUAGCGAUAGUGUUCGGUCCGACCCUCCUGUGGGCGCCGGCGGAGCAAGCCCACAACAUUGCCAUAGACUGCAUACAACAGAACAACGUUGUUGAUAUACUCCUUAAUGAAUUCAAAGAAAUCUUCGAAGAUCCCAAAACGAAGAAAAAAGCG